AUGAAAAUUGGCUUCCGUCGAUAUUCUUAUAUGUUUUCAAUUGUUGUAAUAAUUGACGUAUUUUACACAUUGGCUAUCAUCUUUUUCACUAUACCCUAUUUUGAAGGAGGUUUUCAACAAUUUUCAGAGUUUAAUAAAACUUUGCCCUACUUUCAAUGCGGAAUGGAUAAUGCAAGUAUUCUUGCAAGUCUCCUAAUAGCUUUUUUCGAGAUUAUUACAUAUUUAUUAAUGAUAAUUUGUACAAUUGAAAUGGUUAAAUACGUCAAUUCACAUUCUGGAUUUGACGAAAAUUUGAAAAUAAUGGUUAAACAAUUAACAAAAACGUUAAUAAUUCUGGUAUGUUUUAAAUUAAUUCUGAAAUUGUACAUAUUAUGAGGAAUGUUUCUUGAGAAACAGACUUUUAUGACACGUUAGUUCAGAAUGGUCAUAUGUAUAAUAAAAAUAGGCAUUUUUAAAAUCAAAACAUAAGAUUCGAAUAAUUAUAUCAAUAGAAACAUGUAAAAAUGCUAAAUUAAAAAGUUGUGUAAAUUAUAGGAUGGGAAGGAUUCAAAAAAAUGUCACGUCAGUUUCGGGUCAACAAAAGUCCGGGUUUCUGGUCGGGUCGUGUUCGUUAAAAAAAAAUUUUAUU